UCCCCUCCCCUCACCUACACUGCACCACCGCCCUCAUUCCCCUUUCCCUCCAUGCAUUUGGAGUAGUAUUAUUUUUGCUAAAUGACCCCUUCUCUGCUCCUUAUUUACAGCAUCUACAGCCGGACCUGAACCCGGAUCUGGUGCGAGAGGCCACCGGCGGCAUGGCUGCGCGCGGCGGCGGAGCAUGCAACGCGAGCGCUCUAACCAUAUCUCACCGAAUCCUGCCGCCGCGCCCGUCCCGCACGCCGUGGCCGAUGACCGCGCCCCUCCCCAGACGGCGGCGAUGAUGGAGGGAGCCGCUGGCGCCGGCCAGGCUCCCGAGCGGCGGACGCGCCGGGUCGCCGCUCCUCGGGGCCAGCCCCUCUCGCCGCGCCGGACCGCGCAUCGGCUCGGAGGCCCCUCGGGGCUGCCGCCGAUGCGGGGGGCGUCCGCGGCCGUGCGGGCUGGGGACCGAGCGGCGGGGCCCGUGGUGCGCUCCGGUCGAGGGCUUUGUCGGCCCGGCGCGGGAUUUGAGCCGCCGUCGAUGGAUUUCUCGCAGCUUGGCUGCGUCUUGCUUUGGAUCCGGGCGCGUGGCUGUCCAAAAUCAAGCUCCCCAACAACUGGACAAUGGAGCACAUCCGGCAGCUUGUCACGCUUUGGGCUCGGCUGAGGGCCAUCCCCCUCGCGGUGGACGCCGAGGACACCAUCACCUGGAAACAUACUGCCAGCGGAAUCUACUCUGCCACAUCCGCGUACAGUGCGCAACUCCUUGGGCUGGUCAGCUCGCCCAUGGGCUUCGCCGUUUGGAAAGCAUGGGCUCCCCCUAAGAUGAAAUUCUUUGCUUGGCUGGCAAUCCAAAACCGAGUCUGGACGGCGGAUAGAUUGGAGAGGAGAGGGUGGCCGAACUGCGGCCUAUGUCCACUCUGCAAGCAGACGUUGGAAACGGCGAGCCACAUCUUCUUCAAGUGUCGGUACUCCAUUAGACUGUGGGGCCUGAUCAAAGGCUGGCUCAAGCUAGACUACCUCGACAUCUCCUCCUGGAUCACGAUGCGCUCCAUCAAGGACUGCUGGCUCAACAUGUCCAACUCCAGCAUGCCCAACCGGAAGGCGAUGGCUUCUCUUGCUAUGCUGACCUGCUGGACCAUUUGGUGCGAGAGAAAUGCACGGGUGUUUCGUCACAAAUCCACGCUUCCGUCUGUAUUGUUCUCCAACAUUAAGACCGACGCCAACCUUUGGGUAAUUGCGGGUGCUAAGCACUUGGGUCAAAUCAUGCCGGGAGAGUAGUGGCUUUGUAAUAUUUUCUUUCGCUUUUCUUGUAAAAGCAACUCUAAACUCCUUAAUUAAUGGAUGAGGCGAAGCUUUUGCCUCCGUUUCGAAAAAAAAUAA